AUGUCCAGGCGAAUAGCUUCCUCAAGUUCGACUAGCACUCAGAGACUAGGCGUGGUACUCUGUUGGUGCAAUAAGCCUUGUGUGGUCAAGACAUCCGCCACAGAGUUAAACCCAGGCAGGCAGUUCUAUGGGUGUCCUUUUUGGAAGGACGAGACCAAGAAUUGUCGCUUUUUUAGGUGGGUGCGACAGAAUGCUGAUGAAGAUAAGCAAGCAAACUCUGAAAGUAGUUGCUCGAUUCUGAAGCUCGAAGACAGUUUGCGUACAGCACAGUGUAAGGCUGAGAGGAGGAAGAAAGAGAUGAAAAUUCUGUCCGAUGAGUUAUCUAGAUUGAUGAAAGCACAUGAGAUUAUGGUUGCUGAAGGGAGGAGGGUUGAUCAUGAUAUUCAUGUAAUUCGUUAUCAGAUCACUGUUAUUGUCGUACUCAAUUUGAUAAUGGUUGUUCUUCUAUGGCACCACUUUCUGAUGUAG